CUCUAUCACACACAUGUUCUCUCUCUAUCGCUUGCCUGCAUUCAAGAGUGUUUGGAUUCUUGAGGUGUAGGUGGUGUUGCAACUUCAUACUCGUUCCGGAAAGAAAAAAAUUCAAAUUCGCUUUUUGAAUAUUGUUUGGUGAAUCUGUACGGUUAUCAUAGUGUUUUGAAGAUCGGACAUCACCAUCUCCUUCUCCUCUUCCACUCGCAUCUCCAUCGGUUUCUCAGAGCAACGAAUCGUAGAUCCCUAUAUUCACAGGAAGCCUCUCCGGUUGAUUUUUUGUUUUGGUUGAGUUCUUUCGCUUCGAAGUGAGAAUGGUGUUUUAAUAUUUAGAUGGUCUGUGUAGGUGAGAAUGAAACGUUCAAGAUCGCAUUUCUCUUAGUAAAAUCUACUGCAUUUCGAUCUCCGCAUGCAAUGGAUGGUGAUAGUACUAUAGCUGUUUCCAAUGGGAAACUGUCCUGCACUGGUGGGGAAGGUUCAGUGCCAGAGAAAGUUAAUGGUACAAAGAUGGUAGGACCAGAUGGAAGUUCAGAAAUUGAAGCACAGUUCGAAGAGAGUGUGAAUUUAAACUCAUAUACUGGGGAAGCUGGAGAUGGGCCGUUCGUCCAUGAGCAAAGCAAUGGAUUAGCCAUAUCUAAGGAUUUGAGGGAGAAAGACCAUGACAAUACAAACCACGAUAAACCAAAAUGUCAAGGGAAGAGCAAGAGUGCGAAUCCUUCAAGCCCCAAAUGUGUAGUGACAAGUUUGGUGCAGAAGAACAAAGAUGGGAAACAUUUUGAGGUGGCCUCCACUGUUCAGAAUGGUUCACUCACGAAUUCAAACGUGAAGCAGUCUCUUGCCCUUGCAACCAACAGGAGGUCAUUGAAUGAGAGGCAAGCUGCUGAAGGUAAGGCAAGUGUGGAUUCCAGAAAGCUAACACAAUCAAUGUCUGCUCAGACAUCCAUGGAAUCUGUAAAAUCUGUCUCGGCUUCCUCUGGUGCAAAUAUCUCCCAUGCUGAAGGCUUGAAGGAGCAAGGAAAACAUCUGAAGCCCCUGAAACAAGGACCACCUAGUGAGGUUGAAGGGAACACAAAUUCUGCUUCUUUAAGCCCCACAGCAGGAGGUCCAAAACCCCGAAUAGUUGGCACACUUCCUUCUUACGGCUUUAGUUUUAAGUGUGAAGAACGAGCUGAGAAAAGAAGAGAGUUCUUCUCAAAGCUUGAGGAAAAGAUCCAUGCAAAAGAGGCUGAGAGAAACACGUUGCAGGCGAAGUCAAAGGAGACUCAAGAAGCGGAAAUUAAAAUGCUCAGGAAGAACUUGACCUUUAAAGCUACCCCAAUGCCAAGUUUUUAUCAGGAUCCUGCACCUCCCAAGGUGGACUUGAAAAAGGUACCACCAACAAGAGCUAAAUCUCCCAAGCUUGGCCGUCAUAAGAACUCAUCCACAGCAGAGAUUGAAGGAAAUAGAAGCCGCAGUCGUCAAUCGGGCCGCCUGAGUCUUGAUGAGAAAGUCUCUCAAAAUGGCCUCAUGAAGGGAUCAUCACCGUCACAAACCAAGAAGCCACUUAGAAAGUCUCUUCCCAAACUGCCUUCUGAAAAGUCCACAUUGGCCAAUGCAACAGAUGAUGCUACAUCUCCCACUGAGCAUGAGGAUCACCAUUUGGAAAAGGAGGCUGAUCCAACAGCUGGGCCAAGCCAAGCUGAUUCUAGUACUGAAGGUGGACCUGGGGCGCAAGAGCAUGCAGAGCCCUCGUCAGAGCAGGUGACCGUGAGCGAACCCCUUGAGACAGAGCAUUCAGCUGAGCAGAGCAGUGAGAGUGUGUAUGUAUGUUAACAGCAGAGGCAUAUCCGCGAGAAAUAAGGAAGGUAUGAAUAAGACUGGAAUGAUACUGAGGAAGGCAUGAAGGACUUCGUAUUAUGGGUUUGUAUGAUCUAUCUUGUUCAUAGUCAGCAUCGAGAUUGAUUGCUUCUUUGUGUACUUGCUUUUGUGAUUGCCUAUCUUGGCGAUAUGGACUUGCAUUGCACCUACACUUGCACCACCAUUGUAUUAUUAUCUGUGGGGUUUUUCCUACUUAGUUCGCAAUUGUAUUUUAAUUUUUGUUUUACGUUGUUACCAUUGUUUUCCUGUUGUUGAGGACUGAGUGUUGUUCCA